CGCCCGCAGUCACCGACGACGGCCGGCACCACUGCAGCGUGUGUGUGUUAUAUUGCACUUACGUAGGUUAGAUUAUUAUUAUUAUUAUUAUUAUUGUUGUUAUUGUUAUUAUUACUACUGUCUCUGCCUGCGACGACGACAACAACGACGAAGGAAACGACGUUUGACGCCGUCGCCCAAUAUCACCGCUGAGCGACACCCGACCGUUAUAAUAGCACCGUCGUUUCCGGACCGGAAGAAACGCUUUGUCAAUAUAUAGCACGUCCACCGUAGAGGUAAGCCCGCUCGAAUAUAUUAUUAUAGUGUUAUUACGAGUAUUAUAUUCAUAUAUAAUAUUACGGCGGUUGCGUAUUGAAUUAUUCGUGCUGCUCGCGGAAAAACCGUUUCCGGGGCACCCCUGCCCCGCCUCCCCCACCCGGUGAGUGUCACUCUGUUAAGACUGCUUGCACCCCCACCCCAAGCGUGAUGCACUCUUCGUCGGCGGUGCAACAGGCGCACCACCACCGUCAACAACAGCAAAAGCAGCAGCAGCAGCAGCAACAACAACAGCAAUCUCCGUCGUCUAACAACAACAACAACAACAACAACAAUAAAGACGACGUGGCCAUGGGACAACUUUUGCAGAGAUCGCUACAAAACGUCGCCCUGUCACUGCAGACCACGUUCGUGUCGUCGCUGCAGCAGGCCGCGCUACUGCCACCCGACUCGCCGGUAGCGGCGGCACUCAACCUGCAGGCCCUCGAAUCGUACAUCACGCUGCAGCGACUGACCGCCGUUCCCCGUCAACCCGCGGUGACCGCAGUUACCGUGGACCGGGCGCACGCUACUGGCAGUGUGGUGGUCGUGCAUGAAGUGUUGGAUGACGAAGACGACGACGACGACGGCGUCAAGUGUGAAAAUCCGUCCUCGUUGGACGCUGAAGACGAUUACCUCGACGAUGACGACGACGACCACGACGAGAGACAGACGCCUUUGGACGCCAGCGGAGUUGCAGCUAAAGCCGCUGCUACGGCCGCCAUCGUCGUGGCCGCGAGCAGGGGAGGACGUCUACCGGCGUUCUCCAAAGAGCUGUCCAGUCUGUCUCCCAGAGCUAACAGGCUGUCCGCCUCGUUGACCGCUGCUGCCGUCUGCACCACGACGAUCGUCGACGAGGAUACUCCGGUCUCGGUCACUGCAGACACCGUCGACGAACCUAUCGACGCCUCGCGACACCUGCACCAACAUCAGGACAACAACAACGGGCCCAUCCCGAGGCCCAAGAAACAGUUCAUUUGUCGGUUCUGCAACAGACACUUCACCAAGUCAUACAACCUGCUCAUACAUGAGCGCACCCACACGGACGAGCGGCCUUACUCGUGCGAUAUUUGUAAAAAAGCUUUCAGGAGACAAGACCAUCUCAGGGAUCACAGGUACAUUCACUCCAAGGAGAAACCAUUCAAGUGCCUGGAGUGUGGCAAAGGGUUUUGUCAGUCGCGUACGUUAGCCGUACACAAGAUCCUUCACCUGGAAGAGUCGCCGCACAAGUGUCCGGUGUGUAGCCGGAGCUUCAACCAGCGGUCUAACCUGAAGACGCAUCUGUUGACGCACACCGAUAUCAAACCAUACAACUGUCCGACGUGCAGUAAAGUGUUUCGCCGGAACUGCGACUUGCGCCGGCACAGCCUCACGCACAACUUGUCGCCUGUAUCCGCGGCGUCAAUUCAGCUGGCGUAUGCAACAACCGAACUGCAAUCAGCCACGGUCAUCGCCGACGCGCACGGACGCAACAAUGAUACCGUAGCAGCUGUGGAUGACUGUGGCCGCUGAUCUCAUUUCGAAAGAAAGAAAAAAUAAAUUUAAAAAAAACGCUAAUCCAUCCCACCCUCCCCCGGCCCACCGCAGUGAAUACCACGAUAUUGAGUUUUUCUAUUUUUAAAUUAUACGUGGGCAACCAAGUACGCGAAAAUAUUAUGAUAUUACAAUAACGCACGAAUGAUGAGUACCCAUAUAAUAUUAUUCAUUUUUAUUUGUCAAAAGGUAUAUAUAUAUAUGUGCCUAAAGGAUUACCUAACCAUGUCUUCCUGUUUCCGUUACUCUGCGCGGACUGAUAUGUAUAUAUUAUACUAUCCCCUCGUUCUUGCUGUUUAUAUUUAAUUAUUAUAUUAUGAUUAUUAUUAUUUUUACGUGAUUUGUAAUUACUUUACUCGCUAAAUGACACGCAUGUCAUAAAUUAUAUGUUGUUUAAAUACAUUAUUACGGUAUAGUAACCGCCCGUCUUUGUUGUUGUACUGUAAUAUGUGUACAUAUAUAAUAUAUUCAUGUUAUAUUUGCAAUUUGUUAGAGAAAAAACUCCUAUAAUACUAAUUUGUAAGUUGU